AUAACACGCACACUGUCUUUGAUGGCCGUGUACAAUAUAGCAGCGGCGGUGAAUAAGGUGACGCUGUCUAUGGUUGUCGUCGCCAAGUCAUGCGGGUUACUAGGGACAUUAAGAAGGGUUGAGAAGUAGAAAGAGCAGCGCGGUUGAAGAACCCAGGUGAGGAGGGGGUUAUGAUUUCACCAAUCGCAGCGGACGAUGACGUGACGUAAGCACCCGGACAACCCAAUCACAGGACUGGGAUGUUGCACAACAAAAAUACUUUUUACCAAACCCGCGCGAACGAACGUCACGGUUUUCUUCGCUCUACGCAGCUCUCAUCUCAUCGCGACCCGUCAUUCUGCUAGACGAACACCAAACGAACGGACUGCGUGCGUUCUUGCUUCUUCGAGAGGCACGUGGUCAAGUUGGAAAAUACCUCCAACACCCCUUAGGUGAGUGAGUGAGCGAGCGAGCUAGCGUGCUUGCGUGCGUGCGUGCGUGCAAGCUACGCGUGAGCGAGUGUUUGGCAAUUUUUUCCCGGUCCGGAAAGGCAGUAUCCUUUCAAUUGUAUCACGUUUGGCAUCUACCGAUCAACCAGCAUCACAAAAGCACACCUAGCCUGCGAGCGCAAAGCAAACGGACACCUAAUCAAUAUCCCCAGCCAAUCAGGGUGUCCUUGGCCCUGCGUGUGUGUGUGUGUGUGUCCUUUUUUGCGCCUAACCUGUGAAUCAUAUCAUUAUCGUUGGGUAAAGGGCCCGCGACUGUCACCUCAACUUCCGGGGCGUUACAUAAGGCGUUAAAAUUUCAGUAGAAUUAAACGGUGAAUUUAUUCCACUGUCGAGAUGGCACAAGAGUCCGACUUCGUUAACGAAUUCCGAUCAUGGCGAGAGAUGGUACGGGCAGCGGAAGCGAAUGGUGGUGCGGGUGUCUGUUCCAGUGCCCUGCGUGGCACUGGAAGAAGAAGGGAUAACCUUUUACGGAGGCCUAGUCAAACGGAGCAACCAGAAUCCCUUUUCUUCGUCGACCGCCGCAGUAGCACCAUCAUCAUCAGCAGGCGCCUUAACACAGGAGGAGGACGAGCUGCUUCAGUUGGAGGACGAGUACGCUCUGCGCAGAGGAUCUCCGCCCGGUGUGGCAGGGACGAGUGCCGAGUGGCUGAGAUCAACCGGUCCCGUUACCAGCCCAAUCAAUAUAGGAUCGGCCUUUUUGAACGGAGGAAUUCCCGAUUGGUCGAGGUGCGACAGCAUGUUCAUGGACGAGGCGGUGGACGAGCUGCUGGCGGCGAAGUGCUGUACAACAGCCAGCAGCGGCAACCACAGCGCUACAACAGGUGAACGACUGUCGAUGGACCGGCGGAAGGCAGCAGACGUCUACCGGAAUGAAAUCAAUACGACAAGCUUCAGUAGCGAUGCUGAGGCAAGCAUCAUUGUACACGAGGACAUAUGCAAUAAGAACAUAAGCAUCAUUGACAGCAGCAGCACCACCACCUACUCCACCACAAAGUUUUCCACUGGAGAACGGUGCUCGGUGACAGCAGCAGCAGCAGCAGCAACAGUACGAGGCGACUGCAGUAACAGCAACGGUGCUGUGGCAGCGCCAGCAGUGUCUGUGGCGGGAGCAGUAGUAAAGAUAUCUGCCGAUGAGCAGCAACAGCAACGAUUAAAACAUAGUAGCUAUAGCUAUAAUAGUACUAAUAAUAGUAGUAGUCGUAGUAGUAGUAGUAGUAGUAGUAGUAGUAGUAGUAGUAGUAGUAGUAGUAGUAGUAGUAGUAGUAGUAGUAGUAGUAGUAGUAGUAAUAAUGAUACGAAUAGCAGUAAUAGUAGCAAUAGCAAUAGCAGUGGUAGUGGUAAUAGUAGCAGUAGCAGUGGAGGCCUCUGGGCAGGUGGCAGUUUUGGUAUAGUGGCGGAAGAGGAACUGGAUGAUGAAGUGGAAGUUGAGGAGGAACAGGAGGAGGAAAAGGAGGAAGACAGCGACACAGCCACUACACAACACCUACCUGAGCUGAUGCAUUGGACGAACGAAACGUGCGUCAACAAUGGCCUCUUCACCGACGAUGUGCUCUCCGAUCAGCUUUGGAUCAGCGCUCCAAUCAAUGGCACUCAUCUCACGCAGGACCAACACCACCAACAUCCACAUGGCACCGAACCGCCGGGCGUUGCGUGCAGUGGCACUAUGACCGCCUACGGUACCACGAUCGACUAUUAUGCUGAGCCCAAAAUCAGCCCGAUAUCGCUGCACGAUGAAAUAGAACAGCUGUCGGCAAACUGGGACUGCGACGUGGUAUCCAACCAUCUUGCUUCAGCCCCGCCGUUCGCGGCACUACACUACACCUCCAGCACAGCUGAUGACCCGAUGCUUUGCGCCGGGUCUAGCCCAGUGCAGAUCAACGAAUCAGUCUCACUCAAUAUGCUUCGCUGGCUGGAAGAGGACAUCUCCUCCACCAUUGACAACCAACAUACCGCCCCAUCACGUCCAGGAUCGGACCACAGCACUGGAGAGGCAUUAAGAGUCGCAGCACCUGCGCCAGCGCAACCGCUAUCACCACCAUCACUAACAAAGAAGUCCGCGGAGCGUCCACAAUCGACCGACCAAGUGUCCGGUUUUGGGAAAAAUCUGGAUCUUAUUCAAACUCUUUUUAGCUUAUCGCCGGACAGCCAACUGCCGGAGAACACGAAUCAAUCGCAGCGCGAUCACAACUAUUUCACUGUCAAGAGGUGCAAUAGCAAUUUGGCCGGUGAGUCCGAGAUGCACCGCAAGCGCCUUCACAGCAACACAGACAAGGAAGAAUCGGAGAAAGAGGAGCACCAGAAAGAAACAAAUAGAGAGGAGUGCAAGGAGGCAAUAAGGAAGCCAUCGGAUACUAAGAGAGCCAAGCGAGAUAGCAGUACAUCGAAGAUAUAUGCUGCAACGAAUACUACUACUUCAACUAUUAGUGCCACUAGUACUACUCUUUCUGCUACGACUACUAUGAAUACUAUGUUUAAUACUGCUACUUCUGCUGCUACAGAGCAUGCCAUUCCUUCAGCACCACUAUACACAACGCGGCAGGAUAGGAGGCGACCGACAGCGAUGGCCCUUAGACUAGAUGUAUGCACGCAGUCACCACGGACCAACGUUGCCUCCAAUCUCAACCACACACACAAUCCCGUGUCAACGUUGACCGUCGACACACCCGAACUAACCAACGACAUCCUGGACCUGGAAGACGAGAAGUUCGAUCUCCUUUCCUUCAUCGACGCCGCUCCGUUCGAGGAAAACUUAUUGGAGCUGAAGAACAUCAAUUCACGACGAGAUCCCGAGCGAUUAAAUCCUGUGACUAGCAUCUUACCUUCAGUAGCAAAACAGGAAGGAACUGAUAAGGAAACUGUAUCAACAGAAGAUAUUGAGUGUGCAAAUUUGACGCCCUCGUUGUCGCUUCCGCUUUGCCACCUGCUGACGAUCGACACCUUGAACCAUGUGAACCUUGAACCGGAGGCUACAUGUGAACUACUGUCAUCAUCCGGACGAUACCAGGCGGACCACGACUCGGUACGCGCCGGUUCAAGAUCGUCCGCUUCGUCCGCAUAUGGCGGCGAUUCGAGUUCGGAUGUGUCUUUCAGUAGCAGCUCAAAGCCUCCAAAACGGCGAGGCCGACCCCCAAAAAUGCCCAGCGGAACGCUGCUCGAUCGGUCAGCCUACCAGCAUUUGAGCGAGGCGGACUGGCGUUACCGUGAGCAGCGAGACAAGAACAACGAGGCAUCUCGCAAGUCACGCAUCAAUCGAAAAGAUCGUGAGCUGAAGCUGGAGGCCGAGGCGGACGAGCUGAGUGUGAAGCACCGGAAGCUGUCGUAUGAUGAGAAGCGGUUACAGCGAGAGUGCCAGAAGUGGCGUAAGGCAGUCAUGAAGCUGGCUUUGUUGUAGCGCUACUACUAUAAAUGAACCGUGUUACUUACGCAUACGCAAACACAGUUGGUAAAAAUAGCUAUCUGCGUACAACAAGCUUCAGCUGAACAUUACCAAUUAUUCCCAAGCUUGUGGUUUUAUCCUCCUCCAUCACUUUAAUCGAGUAUGCGUUGUUAAGUCAUGUCCCUCUCCACCAUCUUCCUUUUUGUGUUUGUUGAAAAACGAUUUGCUUGUUUUUUCCCAUUCCAUCCUAAUUUCGCAGUUGUUUUAGUGUUGCUAUAGUGUAAGUGGACAUAAGUGGAUCGAUAGAAUUUAUCGACUCUAAUGGAACCACUACCAUAUUAACGGCGGUGUUGCAAUUUUUGAUUGUGCAUAUAUCAUUCCUUUGUUAGAACAUUACUCACUUACGUAGAAGUAAACAGAAAAUAACACAUUUUAUCUAUGGGUUGCGGUUUUCGGAACAACAUGUGUUUUCACUAAACACUAGGCAUAAAUUAGGAUAAAACUUCAUGGAAGACAAACAAAUGAUAAAAAAAUGAUUAAAACAAUCAUAAAAUCGCGAUCUAAUCGGCACACAAAAAUAUAUUGUUAGGUUAUAAAGCUAAAGGAAUAAUUUUGAUUUACCCUGUAAUCACUCUCCAUUAAAUAAAGGCCCAACAAAGUGGGCCACCAAACAAAACUAGCGCGCUUGCGAUGGAGGAUGCCUUAAUGAUGCAUGAUGAUGAACUGCUACGGUUUCAAGACUUUGACUUUAUGGAGCACAUCUGGCGGGUCGUCCUUAUAAUACUGAUUGUAGUCACUAACGAAUGCGCGGUAUGAUAACAUUCAUCAUAAAAAAGUUGUAUCACGUCA